AUUUUUUGGCCGAACAACAUUGCUUCUUAUCAUUCGUCAAUCGUCAGCUGAAAAUAAAUUUGCGAAUGCGUAUUUUGUGUUUAUUUAUAAACCAGUAAAGAAACAGUAAUCAAAAUGGCAACGGGAGUAGCGCCUCGUGAUGAUGAAUCCCGACUUACUCGAGAAGAUUUGGAGACUAUACAAGACGCUAUGAAAACUAAGAAAUUUCGAGAUCUCCUAGCGGAAUAUUGUGAAGAGAUACGUGACCCGGCGAACCUCGAACUUUAUCAGAAAGAAAUGACCCAACUGGAGAAGGAACGAGGUUACGAUGUAACGUUUCUUAAUCCAAAGGGAGGUUAUGUUAUCAAAACAAGUGUCGCCGGCGACAUAAAAGCUUUCAUCAACAUUUGCAGUAAUGAGAACGUCGGCAAACCCACAUACAAAGUGGAAGUAGUCAAUGGGAAGAGGGGAAUGAACUGGCAAAUACCAUACUCGCUAAUACCGCCGCGAGAAGAUUACGACCUCAAGAGGCAACGUUGCGUCAUUUACGACGUAAUUUUCCAUCCGGAUACUCUCCGCAUGGCGGGCGUAAAUAAAGAAUUCCGCGAGCUAGUAAACAAAACUGCCAUGGAUGGGUUGGCGAAAACUUACAACAUUCACUUGGACAGUAACAACUUACGGUUUCCCAAGUCUCAAUAUAAGGGAGUCAGCAGUGCUGCUGUCAUUAGGAAAGAGGACCCUAACUAUCAACCUCUAACAGAAGAAGAAACGGAAAGUUUGACACCUGAGAUGAUUGAGAAGCUGUAUCCUCAACGCAACUAUACAGAAAAUAAACAAGAGACAGAAGUACCAAAAGACAAACCCAAACCAGUUAGGAAAACCAGGAGAAAUAAUGAGUUUACACAUGUCUCUGAAAAUGGGUAUACAGUUCCAAAGUAUGUCAUCAAACAGCAGAAAAAUGUGGAUCUUCAGGAUUUCACCUAUAAUAAAGAUUGCAAACAGUAUAGUGCUAUUCCAAGUCAGAUAGUAGUGGAAGUAUCCCUUCCACUUCUUUCAUCUACCAAAGACUGCACUUUGGAUGUUCAGGAAAAGCAACUCAGCUUGAUCUCAGAGAAACCAGCUAAAUACAAACUUAAUAUUACAUUACCUUACUCAGUGAAUGAUGAAUGUGGUACUGCUAAAUUUGAUAUAAGAAAACAUCUGUUAAUAGUGACUUUACCAGUGAUUAAAAGGAACACAAACCUUGAUAAUAAUAACUCUUUGAAAGUUGUAGACAGUGGAGUAGAAAGUGAAGAGAACUCAGGUUCUCAAAGUGAUGAAGAUAAUUCAUCCCAUUCAAAUCUCAUUGUAGAGUUGUCAUCAACCUCUGCUGACUCUGUAAUACCAUCAGAGCCUUGUACUGUAAAUGCCAGUACCCCUGAAUUAUUUUUAGAUCCUUCUCUAGCAUAUAUCCUGCCUCCUUACACUCAUAAUGUUCUGGAUGACAUUAUAGCCUUAACAUUCCAUGUGAAAAAUACAGAGCCAGACUCUGUCAAUGUUAAAAAUAGUGGUAAUGAAAUAUGCAUCAAGUUCACAUCUGUUGGUGCUGGAUUUGUGCCUGUACACUAUGCAGCUAUCAUUACUUUUGAGGAGGAAGUUAAAUUUGAAAAUGUGACUGGGGAGGCUUGGGAUAACAAUGUCAUUUUACAGUUGGAACUGUCUGGGGCUGUGCCUCAGAAGUUCCACAUUGGUUUAGACAAGGAUUCAAUGACCUGUGAAAGCUUUGAUGUGACUCAGGUUAAAACAACUAAAGUUGAUGAAAAGCCUAAGGAAUCUGAGGCUGAAGUUGUUACCCCUGUUGUCGAGGUUACCAACUUGGGUACUGAAACAAACAUUGUGGUGUCAUCUAAUCACUUAGAGUAUGAUGAAGAUGAUGACUUUGAGUCCCCAACUUCAGAAUAUAGAGAUUCAGUGUUCACGGAGUCUGGCAGUUGUGAGAGUGGUGCUAAAAGCAUACUUCGCAAACCUAACAUGAUGAGGAGCUUCUCUGAAUCCAGUGUAGGUGAUGUUGCUUCCUCUAUGGAUUAUAUCAGUUCUGAUUGCAUCCCUGAAGAAUCAAGUUUAAAAAAGACUGUUAGAUUUAAUGAUGUUAUUGCAAGACAAUUUUACAGAUACAAUUCGUCUAUAGAAGGUCAGAAAAAGAAGAAUCAACGUAAAAAGAGUAAAAAGCGCAGUCAAGAUAGGAGGAAGAGUGAAAGUGAAGCUGAAGAUGAGAUCAGUAACUCCUCCCAGCCAAGACUGAAAUCAGUAUUGAAACCUCGUCGUGACAGCGGUUUGGCGGACACGUCUGAUGCUGAAUCCGAGUGCAAGAACACUCCUGACGAUGGAGACUUCAAUUCUGCUAAUGACGACGGCUUCAGUGAAAACAACAACAACGGAGAAGCAUCAUUCGAUAAUAAUAAGUCUGUCUUCAAUAUAGUUGGUAAAAUUGAAAAUGGAACUGAUAAAAAACAAGCCGACAUUUGGGAGUCAGAGCCAUCAAAACGUUCCCCAGUGAAGCGAGAACCAGUUACUUGUGAUAAUAUCCAACAUAAUACCGACCUCUAUGAUCCCGAUAAGUUAAACAAAGGGAAAUACUUAGAAGUUAUGUUCAAAAAUGAUCUCAUAUUUGAUUUGGACAUGUGAGAUUUAUUAUCUCUAAUUAUCCUUUCUGGAAGGAUCUGUUUGGAUUGGAAUGUUUUAACUUACUCUUAGAGCAGUGAUUUAUUAGAAAUCCAGUGAUUUUGUUUGUCUAGAUAUACUUAGAUAUAUAGUUUAGUAUUACUUACAUAUUCCUUUAUGAUUUAGAUUUAUUAAUGUUCCUUCCAUUGUGUAUUUUCAGAUUUGCUAAGUUUAUGACAAUGGUUUGUAAUUUACAAAAAAAAAACUAUUCUUGUGUGUUCAAGAUUAUAAAUGUUGUCAAUUGAGAUAAUUAAAUUCGUUGUUUAGUUGAAAUGUAUAAUUGGUAUACAAAUAUUUUAAAUUAAAUUUGGAACUUAGUAAAUUUUGAAAAUAAUGAAGUAGAUAAUGUAGCUAUGUUCUGAAUUGGACAUUUGUUAAAUAUACUGCUCAUGUUAGACAAUAUUAUAGUCAACUUGCAUUUCAUGGUACAAAUUAGAUUUACGACACCUUGUAGGUUAAGAGAUAGGAAUUGAUUUUAUAAUGGGAAUGAAGCCUACCUCUAGCCUAAGUUAGUAUGUAACACUGCACAGCGAAGAUGUAGUAGAUUGCUAGGAAUAUACACAAUGCAACUAUGUUUUGAACACUUGAUAUGCGUGAUUUAUGGACGAGCAAAUGUGUCCACGAAUAUUAUACACUUGGUUUAGUCGAUAAAUAACUUAGUUAUAUUUGACGCUUAACACAAACCAGUGCCUUUCGACCUCUAGUUAUCGCAACCACCAGUGAAAUAAAUCCGUCGACUGUUGUCAUAAACCAUGCAUUGUUUUACUUGUUCAUUAAGAAUCGUGAGAAGUAAUGAAUGUGCAAUUAUGCGAGUUAUGUUUGAUGUAAAGUUUACAAAUUAUUUAACUAUGAAUGAAUUGUGAUUUGGUGAAUUUAGGUUUAAUACAUGAAUUGAUUCAAAAAUCUAUA